UCCCAUUAGUCAAUUGAUGGGGAAGGAGAGAAGAAAAAAAAAAUAUUUCAGUGGAGCUAUACCCAGUCUACGAUACGCCACUGAUAGGGCAAAUUAUUCUUUGUGCCGAGUUUCCAGUCUACCUACAUAUGUUUAGUAUAUGUCGCACUGGUCGCGACGAAAUGGACCCAACCGGAUCAUGAGACAUUUUCGGUAAUGCCGUAGUAUUUCAAGUAGGUAGUUAGGUAGUUAGUUAGUCUAUGUAUGUAAACUGUACCAUAAACUGUACCAAUUAUCAAGUUCGAAAACUUUUUAAUAAAGUCGACGGCACGGAUUAACCGUCCCAACAAGCUUAGGUAUUUAUAUGAAUCCUCCCCACCCCGGACGUACACCACCACCCUCCCCCUCUUACUUCCCAUCUCCCCCCCAAGUAACUAAUUACAUAACACGGUCCUUCUAGUGUCUCCCCCGUCACGCUCGUGCGCCUUUGCCGUCGAGCCGAGCCGAUCUAGCUGUCGAGAUGGAUUCAGCCAUCAGCGAGGGAGAAAAGAGCCCGAAGGAGAAUUCUCUGACUAGUAGCCAUGGUGGCCAUAAGGAUGUUGAGACUGGUGACGACCAGCUACAUCGGGGCCUUCGCAGCUACCAUCUCCAGUUUAUCGCCAUCGGAGGGACCGUCGGAACUGGCCUGUUCUUAGGAAGCGGGGAGGCGUUGGCGACAGCCGGACCUGUUGGUUGUCUUAUCGCCUUCCUCUUCGUCGGCUCAAUCGUGUUUUCCGUCAUGACGAGUCUGGGUGAGAUGGCUUCGUUUAUCCCGGUGGCUGGCAGUUUUACCGUGUACGCUUCUCGAUUCGUCGACCGCUCUCUUGGUUUCGCGAUGGGCUGGAUUUAUUGGUUCAGCUGGUCCAUAACCUUCGCUCUCGAACUCGUAGCAGCCGGCGUCAUUAUCCAAUAUUGGGACUCGAAGCUUAACAUCGGAAUCUUUAUCGCUAUUUUUUGGGUCAUCUUCACGGGCGCCAACUUCUUGCCGAUUCGUUAUUUUGGAGCCUUCGAAAUGUGGUUCUCUAGCAUCAAGGUCAUCACUAUCGUCGGUUUCAUCAUAUUCGCCAUCUGUAUCGAUGCUGGUGCGGGGAAGAAUGGAUAUCUCGGGUUCGACGCUUGGGUACAUCCUGGUCCUUUUGCCGAAUAUAUCUUCACUGGAAACACCGGGAAGUUUGUCGGAUUCUGGUCGGUACUCGUCACCGCCGGAUUCAGCUACCAGGGGGCAGAGCUUGUCGGUAUCGGUGCAGGAGAGACUCACGACCCAGCAAAGAAUGUCCCAAAGGCUAUCCGGUGGACAUUCUGGGGCAUUCUAUCACUUUUCGUUUCAACCAUCUUCUUUGUCGGCUUACUCGUGCCUUAUGAUACGCCAGCUCUUCUAAUCGGCACUACGGAUGCCUCAGCAUCGCCGCUUGUUAUUGCAGCUAAUCUCGCUGGAGUUUCCGUUCUUCCCCACAUCAUCAACGCCGUCCUACUAACCGCCGUACUUUCUGCUGCAAAUUCAAAUGUUUAUUCCGGGAGUCGUAUUUUGGUUGGUCUGGCCUCGGAGUAUAACGCCCCUCUAUUCUUAACCCGUACAAAUCGGUAUGGAACUCCCUAUUUCGCGGUCAGUGUCACUUCGGCAAUCGGGCUUCUCGCCUUUAUGAAUCUAUCAGCGAACGGUGGUGAUGUCUUCGAUUGGCUGCUAAAUAUCACUGCCAUAGCUGGCUUCAUCACCUGGUCUUGUAUCAGCAUCUGCCACUUACGAUUCAUGAAAGCCUUAAAGGCCAAGGGGAUCUCCAGAAAAGAGCUCCCAUACGCGGCGCCGCUCCAACCAUACUUAACUUGGUUUGGUCUCUUCUUCUGCGUGUUGAUUCUCUUGACCAACGGAUUUACUGUUUUCAUCGAGUGGAAAACUAGCGAUUUCUUCACCUCAUAUAUUAGCCUUAUGUUGUUUGUUGUACUCUUUGUAGGGCACAAACUCAUAUGCUGGACAAAACCUGUCAAAUUAGCUGACGUGGACCUUGACCGUGAUAGAGUCCAGCAAUAAUCUCUAUUACGUAUGU